AUGAUAAGACAGUUAGGUCUCCCAACCUGGUUUAUUUCUCUGUCAUCAGCCGAUACCAGAUGGCAAGAUCUGCUUAAAACAUUGGCAACACUAGAUGGAAAAACCCCGUCACAAGAAGAACUAGAGGCCUUGAAUUGGAAUGAAAAAUCAAAACUAGUUAAACAAGAUCCAGUAACAUGUGCAAGAUUCUUUGACAACAGAGUUCAACUCUUCAUCAAUACUGUUCUUAAAAGUCCUCACAAUCCUUUAGGUGUUGUCACUGAUGUGUUUCGAAGAGUAGAAUUCCAAAACAGAGGUUCACCACAUAUUCAUAUGCUGGUAUGGACAAGUGAUGCUCCAAAGCACAAAGAAAAUAGUAAUGAGGAAAUUGAAGCUUAUGUAGAUAAGUAUGUCACAUGUAGUUUGCAGGAAAAUAAUCCUCAAAUGGAGCAGCUUGUAGAGCUUCAAGUACAUAAACACUCAAAGACUUGCAAAAAAGGCGGUAGAUCUGUAUGCAGAUUUGGAUUUCCAUUGCCACCUUUGCCCAAAACCAUGCUUCUUGAACCAUUGGAUGUUGAUGUUGAGCAUUAUAGAAAGAUAUAUUCUGAUAUUCAGAAGAAAAUGAAUGAUUACAAAGAUGGUUGCAGUUUAGACUAUGAGUCCUUCUUAGAGACUAUUGUAGAAAUGUGUGAGGAUGAGUAUAUAAAAUGUAUUCGAGCUUCCUUGAAAGGUCCCAAAAUAUUUCUGAAGAGAAGUCCAUCUGAGAUGAGAGUGAAUUACUAUAAUUCAUCAGUGUUAAAGGCCUGGAAUGCUAACUUAGAUAUUCAGUUUGUACUUGAUCCUUAUGCAUGUGCCACAUACAUUGUUGCUUAUAUCAGCAAAUCUCAGAGAGGAAUCAGUGCAAUGCUUGAUAAGGCAUCUCAAGAAGCUGCAGAGGGAAAUAUGGAUCUUAAGCGUCAAGUUCGACAUAUUGGAAACAAGUUCUUAAACUUUGUUGAGGUCAGUGCACAAGAGGCAAGUUACUUGAUCCUUCAGAUGCCACUUACACAAGCUACUAGAGAGGUUGUUUUUAUAAAUACUUCACCACCUGAAGACAGAGUUUUCUUACUCAAACAUCAAGAUGAAUUGAAUGAGUUACCCAAGGAUUCAACUGAUAUUAAGGCAGACAAAAUCAGAAAAGAUUUACAAGAGGAAGUGAAUGAUGAUAACCCAGAAGAUAUUUCUGAAGAAACUUUUUUUACUGAUCAGGAUGUUUUAGUUCAUUUGAAAAAUGGGAUUAAGAUCAGAAGACGAAAAAACAAACGAGUUAUUAGAUAUGUAGGGUACAGCCAAAAAACAAAUUCUGAACAGUAUUACAGAGAAAGAAUUCUUCUCUUUCUGCCUUGGAGAAAUGAGAAUGCUGACCUACUUGGUAGUCAUCAAACUUAUGAACAGCACUACAAGCAAAAAGCAUGUAUAAUACAAGUUAAGCAAAAGCAGUAUGAGCAUUUUGUGGAUGAAUUAGAACAAGCUCGACUUCAAGCUGAAGAAGAUCUUGAUAAUAUGGAGACAGUAGCACCAAAUACAGAACAUGCUGAGGCAGAGGAUGCAGAGAUAAGUUCUGAACCAUCUGAGGAAUUUGUUCAUUAUGAUCCUGAUACAGUUCAACACAGAGAUUUUGAUAUUUGUCCAGAACUUGGCUUGUCUUCAAAAGUAUCUGAAACAGAAAUGAGUGCUGUCCGCAUUCCUGAUGAGCAGUAUUAUAAACUUUUGCAAUCCCUGAAUACUAAGCAGAGAGAAUUUUACAAUCAUGUAACAAACUGGAUUCAAAUCAGAGAUGAACCAUUAUAUGCUUUUCUAACUGGUGGAGCAGGUGCAGGAAAAUCAGUGGUUAUUGAUGCAAUUUUUCAAACAUUACACAGAAUACUGUACUCAAAAGAAGGUGAAAACCCAGAUGAUAUCAGAAUAUUACUUUGUGCUCACACUGGAAAAGCUGCAUAUAACAUCAAAGGGACUACUAUUGCAUCAGCAUUUCACAGGAAAAUGUAUCAAACCCAGCAACACAUGAGUGCAGAUGAAUUGAACUCAUUUAGGACAAAGUACCGUAAUUUGUCAGUUGUGAUAAUUGAUGAAAUUUCAAUGGUAGGAAAUAAUAUGCUGACAUUUAUAAAUGACAGACUUCAGCAACUUACUGGUAGAAAACAAGAUUUUGGUGGUAUUAGCAUCAUAGCUGUUGGUGAUUUGUAUCAGUUACCACCUGUUGGAGACAAAUGGAUUUUCAAAGACCUUUCUAAUCCUGGUCAGAGUUUAGCAAAAAAUUUAUGGCAUGAACAUUUUCAUAUGCAUGAACUAACUGUAAUUAUGAGACAAAAGGAUGACCUCAGAUUUGCAGAAAUGUUGAAUAGACUCCGUGAAAACAAGAUGACAGAUGAAGAUAAAGAACUCAUUUAUCAACACAUCAUCAGGCAAGACAUGCAAGUCUAUCCUAAGGAGGCACCUCAUCUGUUUAUUGAGAACAAGUUUGUUGAUUGUUUUAAUAACAAUCUAAUAGAAAACCUUUCAACAAAUAAAGUAAAUGUAAGAGCAGACACAGACGUUUUAUCACAGACAAAACUCUCUGCAUUAGUGAAAUUAAAACUAGUUCAAAACUUGCCUGAAAACCCAGCAUCUACUGGACAAUUAAGAACUAACUUGGUUAUUGCUGAAGAUAUGCUCUAUGACAUAUCCGUAAAUCUUGAUGUUACAGAUGGAUUGACAAAUGGUGCUUCAUGUGUUGUGAAAUACAUUGAAUAUCAACAAUCGCUAUUAAGACCAGCUAUAGUAUGGGUUCUGUUUGCUGACUCGAACAUUGGUAUUUCAAGAAGACAUCAAUACAGCCAUUUGUUUAGCACAAAUGUUAAUACUACAUGGACUCCCAUAUUUGAAGCAAAAAGAACAUUUGUGUAUAACAGGAAGACCUAUGAGAGAAUUCAGUUUCCACUCCAACCAGCUGCUGGAAAGACAAUCCAUAAAGCACAAGGAGCAACUCUUUCAAGUGCAGUCAUCAGCUUAGCACAGACAAAGCAGCGCAAAAUUCCUCAUAUACAUUAUGUUGCACUCUCUAGAGUAAGGUCACUUGAUGGACUAUUCAUUCUGGAUUUCAAUGAAAAAAGUCUUUCUAAAGAUGAAAAUGUUGAUAAAGAGAUGGAAAGAUUGAGAGAAAAUAGAUUGCAGCUCUCAUACACACCACUUUACUCUGUAUGUAAAGAUAUUAAAUUUUUGUUCAACAAUGCAAGAUCUCUACACAAACACUACCUUGAUAUGAAAUCAGAACCAAGUGUUUUAGCUGCAGAUGUUAUUGGUAUAGCUGAAUCUUGGCUUUGUGAAUUAGAUUCUGAUGAAUACUUUACUUUGGAGGGUUUUACAAUGUUCAGAAAUGAUGCAAAUUCUUCCCAGACCAGAUCACAUCAUGGCAUUGUCAUAUAUCUGAGGAAUCAAUUACAGUGUGUGACAUACAACUCUUUUACUACCAAAUCCGUUGAAUUUUCCAUAAUUUCCAUUAUGGCGUCCAAUACUCCAAUACAAUGUUCUCCAGGCUUAUUGGUCUGA